UUCAUUUCAUCUAAGUUUACCAUUUGCUACCAGGCUGUAUUAUGUUAUUCAUGUGACCUGUUUUUAUUUUAAUUAUUAUUUUUCUUUUCAACCUCAGAAUAAAGCUGGCCUACUGCCUUAAACUAACGUAAUUUCUACACCUUUAAUACUAUUUCAAUUUUCCAUAAGAUUGCGUUUGUUUUUUGUUCUUGUUUGUUUGUUUUUUAAAUAACCCGGUUGCUCAUUUAAAUAAUCACAUUAUUCAAACAGAAAAUAAUUACCGCCUGUCUAAAAUCCCACAAACAAAUUACGCAAAAAAAAUUCGUACAUUUUUAGGUUGGUUUAUUAUAACAAAUCGUAGGCCUUAGCCUGAGUCCCUCCAGGAAUUAUAAUUUUAUUCAGUAUUGAUUGGCGCGCUGUGGUGUGUUUUCAAGGCCUGUGCUUUAAAUUUGCUCUAAAGGACAGCCAUCAACGCUGCAAUGCACAUUUUCUUUUUUUAAAAAGGGAGCAAUCUGUUCAUAUGUUUUCAGAUAUUUAGGCUUUAAUAUAUUGCCCUCUGUUAAAUUCCGGAUUCAAAUAAAAAAAAUAUCUAAAUGUAGAGGAGGACCCAUUUAUGGAUCUCGGGAUUUUAGAGGUGAAGCAGUAAAAUUAAUUCAUGGGUUCAAACCUAUAAAACAAAAGCGAUGUGAUUUAUUUUCAAAAGGAUAAUUCAGUUUCCGAAUGUAUGCGACGUUAUAUUGCAAAGGGUCAAUGACCAUACUGCUCAAAAUCAAGUAGGCUCAUUUAUAAAAGUUAAGUUCCACCAGAUGCCAUUUAGCAAAGGCUUAUUCUUAAACAAGCCGUAAUUGUCAUUUUGAGCAUCUAUAAAGCUUGCAACGCUGUGUCAUUUUGCAGAGCUGCUGAAAUAUUGAUCCACCGUCCUCUCUGCCAGACAUUAUAUUGUUGCUGCUCGGAUAUGCUGCUGUGGGGCUUCAUGGGAAUUAUGCCCCUGAUUAAUAAUCAGUGUGAAACCUACAAUUUGCACUUUCAGUGCCCAUUCUCUGGACCAAGUUUUCCUUGGCGCACACUAUUUCAUAAGACUUGAUCAAUAUAAUAUUUUUUCCCUCCAACUCGCCGGUAUUUCUUUAUCCGCGCAUGUAUGGAUCUGUGGCACACUUUGGUCUCUGCUUCUGUUUCUUUUGUGCUAAUUGAAUUGAAUUCCGCUUGAAAUGUAUCCUCUUUCAGAAGUGCUCAGAAAACCGUGUCCCUUAUAUUCUCUGCAAAGCAAAUGUCACAGCCUCGUAAGGUUUGGCCUAUCUCGGCACAAUGGCCACAGAGAGCCAACACACAUAAACACACAGCUCAGGUCGUGCAGACAUGGCAGAAGCCUAUCGAUCCGUAUGAGAAUGUGUAGAUGAGGGUUGCUUCCAAGUAAGGCCAAACCUUAGCCCUGCUGGAUCUCGUUUGCUUGUGCGAGGAGAGCGCAGCAAAAAUAAAAACAGACGCGAAAAUAUCAAAAGUUUUAUUGGGAGAAAUCUAGUUUUUAGUUUACAGAAUAAAUUGUACUUAAAAUUUUGAUCAAAAUAAAUUAGAAUAAAUUCUGCUUGAAAGAAAACUAGAUGCAUCAGUGUGGAAUAAGCUGGUGCUAUUAUUAAAUUAACAUAAUUUUAUUUAGUGUUUUUUGUUUUCCUGUCGUCAGCUCUAUUUUCCUCCCUCCAAAGUCUAUUAUGUCCGCAGGUCUGCACGGUUGGACAGCCACACUUCGAGGAAUUAGUGUCCUUUUGUCUCGACACACGUCACACACACGCCGUUGACAUUGACUUCACAUCAGAGGCAGUUUAACUUCUCUCUCUUUCUUUCUUUCUUUUCUUUUAUUUAACUCGUUCAACCGAGCGCAGGGUCUAUUGUGGGGGCCCUGACAGAUGCGGGGCCCCUAGCAGGUCCAUAACAGGGAAAAGUCUGAAAGGUUAAUCUGUCCCCCCGCAGAUGUUGGCUUUGGGAGUCUUGAAGCGUCACCUUUGACAUGUCCCUCAUUCAGCAGGGGGUCCAGAAGGACACUGACCGCUGCAAGCUGUCACCUCGGCCGGCUGAGGACGCCCUGCGCUACCGCUCUAUUAGGCUAAACGGCCCUUGACGUGUAACUUAAAUGUAAGCGGGGGCGGGUUCUUGUCAGGCUGCAGGUUUGAGGAGGUUGGACACUGAUGCAAAGUGCACCACAACAUCAACAACAACACAGGGACACGUAGUCAUGUUAUGUGUCAGCACGUGAUUUUCAUCGGUGGAACUGGACUGUACACACCUGCCGUGAUUGCGCACGUGUGUGUAUGCGUGUGUAAAUUUGUGAGAAGUUUCUGCAAAUAAAAAACAAAUGUUCUUAAUUGACUAAAUAACAUGUGGGUGUUGUAUUUUUAUUAUCACCGUUUAAUGGCUAUACUCUAUCCUCAAAUAGUUCUAAAGCACAAGGAUUAAAUAUGCCCCACACACACUCACACAUGCACACUCAUGCACACAUGCUGGGCUUGGUUCGUUAAGCCUAAUAGUUGAACAAUAGACACAUCUGCUCAUCUUUUUCUAUCAAAAGAGAAGGUACUACGGUCUUCUUCGUUUGGUUAAACCGCCACAUAUUUAGCACGGUUGUGGGGGCGGGUUGGGGCAGCUGACUAAUAAUGAUAAAAGAAUGGAUGUAUUUGAUGCUUAUGAAUAUAUACAGGCUGUGACUUUAUUGACAGCCUUUUAGGGAACAAUUAACUCAUCCUGCUUUGAUUUCUGUGGCGACCGUUUCUGAUUCGUCGAAAGGAAUUAAGUGUCGUUGUUGUUUUGUUUGGGGUUUUUGGAGGUUUUGGAUCCCAGACUCACCGGUUAAAAAUCAACUCCAUAUGAACCCGGAAGUUUACUUCAUUUGCGGUUAAUAGUUUAAGGAGGACUGAAGGUGAAGCCUCAUUACAGCCUUAAUGAAUUUAACAUUUUCCUAAAUAAGAGCUAAAAAUUAACGAUAUAGCUGUGUACUCAGUCAGCUUCCAUGAGCAGAUUUCAUAGGUCUUUAAUGUGAGCUCUGUCUAUUAGCAUUAUUAGCAUUUUCAGCAAAAGCUAAACGGUCCUGAAUAUUUCUAAUAGCUGUGAGCAGCUUUUCAUACCACCCUUCCUUAAUAAGGUACCUGACGUCAGAGAAUGGGGCGGUGUGUGUACGCGUGUGCCUGAAAGAGAGAGAGAGAGACAGACAGAAAGGGAGAGAGAGAAUACGAGGGGAGAUGGGUGUCCCCUUUGCGCAUGUGUAGACAGUGAGCUGUGCUGCGGUGGAACAGGGGCUGGAGACACACUGCUAGAGAGAUGGCGCGGCACCCGACCGGAGCGCAAGGACAGUUGGUUGGUGGUGGGGGGGCUUGAAUUAUAAAGAGAAUCAGAAAAUUAAGAGAGUAAUUGUUUUUUAAAAAUAUCAAGCAAAGGGGGAUUCGGAAGAGGAGUUUUCAUUCUGCAAAACAGCGUGCGAGGUAGGGGAAUAAUGAAAUAGGUGAAUGUAAGGACAGAGAAGAGGCAAUAGCAAAGGAGGCUACUGCAAGAAAAAAACAACAACAAAAGAAAUUUGAACUUUUACUGGACGUGAGGACUUCUGGACAUCAGCUAACUGGGGUAGGUCAGAUAGAUGGUUUGUCCACAGCGCUGCCCGGAUCAUGAACGCACAGCUGUCGAUGGAGAAUAUUGGCGACCUGCACGGAGUGAGCCAUGAGUCCGUGUCCGGUCACGGAGAGCUGCUGAGUGGCCACAGUCCACAUUCCCGUCCGAGCCCCAGGGGUUUAAGCCACCGUGCUAUGGGCAUGGCGACCCUGCUCGACACCGGAGACUAUCACCCCAGCCACUCUGGACACCUGCAUCCAGCCAUCAGCAUGUGUGAAGCCCCCCCUGGCAUGAGCGCGAGCAGCACUUACACUACCCUAACCCCUCUGCAGCCCUUACCCCCCAUCUCCACCGUGUCCGACAAGUUUCCUCCCCAUCAUCACCACCACCAUCCACAUCAUCCUCACCCGCACCCGCACCAGAGGAUCCCCGGAAAUGUCAGCGGCAGUUUCACGCUGAUGCGAGAGGACCGGAGUCUGGCGCCUAUGAACAGUCUAUAUCCCGCAUAUCAUCACAAGGAUCCGUGCAUGGGCCAGAGCCUCUCCCCGUUAUCCGGUUCCGGUCUGGCCAGCAUACACACGUCCCAGGCUGGCAUCCCCCCCUACGCUCAUCCUGGUGCCGCUAUGCCUGGUGAGAAGAUGCUCACCCCGAGCGGGUUCGAGGCUCACCAUCCGGCCAUGCUCAGCAGACAUGCGGAGCAGCACAUGAGCUCCUCAGCUGGUAUGGUACAAAUCAACGGCCUCCAUCACCAUCCGCACGCCCACCUAGGCGCGCAGGGCCACGGCCAAGUGCUGGGGAACAGCCGGGAGCAGGCCUCCGGGCCCGGGCAGCAAGGGGGCGGCGGUGGAGGGGGUGGUGUUUCUGGGGGACAGAUGGAGGAGGUGAAUACCAAAGAGGUGGCGCAGAGGAUCACCACAGAGCUGAAGCGCUACAGCAUCCCUCAGGCCAUCUUUGCCCAGCGGGUCCUGUGCAGGUCCCAAGGGACCCUGUCCGACUUGCUGCGAAACCCCAAACCCUGGUCCAAGCUUAAGUCCGGCAGAGAGACCUUCCGUCGCAUGUGGAAAUGGCUGCAGGAGCCUGAGUUCCAACGCAUGAGUGCGCUCAGGCUCGCAGGUGAGCGAAGCCUCGCAUGUAAGCGUAAGGAACAGGACCACGGCAGAAGCGAGCGGGGAAAUGUGACCAAGAAGCCCCGGCUUGUGUUCACAGAUGUGCAGCGGCGGACACUCCAUGCCAUCUUCAAAGAGAACAAGCGUCCAUCCAAAGAGCUGCAACUCACCAUUGCUCAGCAGCUGGGCCUCGAGCUGGCUACAGUCAGCAACUUCUUUAUGAACGCACGCCGCCGGAGCCUAGAUAAGUGGGUGGAUGACGGCUCUGGUCACUCAGCCAACUCUGGCCCCAACGCCUGCACCAAAGCCUGAAGAAGGACUGAUUUGACCAACUCAUGGACUGACUCAACCUCGGUGGAAAAGCUUUAAAACUUAAGAGAAACAAAGAAAACUUAAAAAAGACCUUGAAGCAACGUUUUGCCCUUAAACCUGUACUAUAUUGAUAUUUAUAGUAUCCAAAGAUGAAAAAACAAACCAAAGACUUCUCCUUUGACCUGCUUUACAAUGUUUGUUUUAGCAACACAUUUAUGUGUAACAUACUGCAAAAAGACUAUAGUUUUACUCCCCCUCACACACACACACUCGCUGUCACUGGUCUCUAGCUUUAUUACACCCUCCCCUCACCUCCCCACCCAGUAUGAAUCUAUCAUUCGCCACUGUUAUCUUUAAUCUGAUUGGUUGGUUUUGAUGAUGGGUCCCUAAACAGAGGUUUAAUCAGCCUCUUGGCAGUCUGAUCUGCAGUUGUCCAUGGCCUCGAAAACAGCCAGAAUGUGGAGCUCCAGUGGGAUUGGCCAAUCAACUUUAAAGAAAAAAAAAUCCCGCAGGAGAGACUGGAUUGUUGUGCAACCUUGUUCGGAUCAGUGGAGCGGACUGUCUGACUGUUUGUCCAACUGUCUGUCUUUCUAUCAAGCAUUCCAGACAGACAGGGAAAUGUCCAUGCGUAGACUGCUAACCCUAAAACCAAAAGGUCCAACCCUAAACCAAACCAAAUAGAAAAAAAUGCCUAACCUCAACCCACACGGUAGUGCUUUCUUCCAACAUGCUGAGGCAUUGAAUAAUUCAAAAAAGAAAAACCAAAGCCUUCUACACCUUGAAGCCUCUUUUGCAGUUUAGAAAUCAAACCACUUAAGAACAUCCUAUGAAGUAAUUUGACCAAAGAAUAUAUUUUGUAGUUGAUAAAAGUAUUUUUUACCUGUUUUCCUCCCUUACCUCCUGAGACAGACUGUUAGUGUGCUCCACGAAGAAGGAAAUCAUACUUCUCCUUCUCCAUAGAACAUUUUGAGUCAUGUUUAAAUAUUUGCUCCCUGCAAACGGAAAUACUCUAUGGUAUAACCCUAAAAAUUAACUAUUGAUAUUUGCCUUAUAGAUGCCUUCUUGGAAAGAAAUAGACUAUACCACUUUUAACUUCGCAGACACUCUCCUGAAUUAUGAUCAUUGUACUCAAUGUUAAGGUUAGUCAUUACAGCUACAUCUAAUCCUUCUAAUCUGCUUAGCUAAUGCCAGCAGGUUUAGUUCUACUUUAUGUGUUCAAAAUCCAGCACCUGUCAAAGACAAAUCUCUUCAGUUUUCUAUGUAAAACACAAGCUACUGGAUCUAUGUGUGGUUUUGACACUGUGUGAGGGAGACAGACAGCCUCUGGUGGUGCUUUUUAAUAAGCACUUCAUAUGUAUUUGAUUUUAUCUCCUCAUCAAAGAUGUUGGGCGGAGGAGAUGAUAUCAAUGAUCAAAUCACUUUCAGGCGCUUACACAGCAAUGUCAGCUUGUCACCUGAAUACGAAAGCACCCCCGCUCCCUGCCUGCUGCCAAUCCACCCUGCACUCCCUCCCCUCCCUGCCUCAGCUCUCCUAGUAAGCUAUGCAUUUCAGCACUAGGAGGAAAGCACUACACAGGGCUGGCCCAGGGCAGCAUAGCAUUAGAUAUAUUACGCUGGCCCCUUGCCGUCAUCCUCCUCAUGGCCAGGGUUAGCAGCUCUACAUUCAUCAGAACAAGCGCUGAAGGAGAGGCAAGAGAGAGCUGCUUCUUCUUUAUCUCUGAGAGAAAAACCAAAAAGACGACAAGAAACCAAAAAAAAAAUGUGUCAAGACCUGCUGAUGUUUUAUAGUGUGAACCAAAGAUGCUACCUCACUCAAGUUCCAUACGUGAUUUUUAUCACUUUGAUGAUACCAAAGAUAACCAAAGAUUUUUUCUCAUUGCACGGCCUCUAUGAGUGGUGUUCAAAGAUGUGAUGUAUGUGUCCCCUCCCCCCUAUCUCCUGUCUCUUUUUCCCUUCUCCUUUCUCCUCCUCUUUCUCCCCCUCCCACCUGCACUCAACCCAUGCACCCCCGCUAUGCGUGCUCUUGCUUCAUCUGUGCUCUGAUUACAGCUCCAUAGAUAGUCAUACUGAUGUAGCUAUAGGCAGAUGUGCUGAACUAGCCUUAGAUACACACAAUCAGCCAUGCAGGUGCCUGUGGGGUACAACUACCUUAUUAGUAAUGUGAUCAGUGGAUGUUCAUAACAGAAACACAUUACUGUCUACCACUUUGUUGACAGAAAAGGCUUUUAGUUUGGUUCAUUAAUGAUUUUAAAUUUGCAUCUGAAGCCUUACCCCACCAGAGCUCUCAGUGUUGCAGCUUUAUUUCCACCUGGCCUGCCUGUUAGUGUGUAUCUAUAGGCUGAUAAUAUUGAUCCAACAAAUAGGUCAGACAUCUUCACCUUACAACAGGCAGACAACCUGACAUAGCCAUGGGCAGAGUUGAUGACUCAACUAUAGGCAGACAUGUUCCUGAAAGUAGAAGCAGACGUGUUGCAAUCUUUCUAAAACUCCCAGGACGAGUGCCUUGCUUGAACCAAAGUGUUAAACCGCUGUUGACCUCUCACCUUUGACUCUGUGAAUACCUCAGCCUGUAGAAGGGCCACUACUGAAGAAACAAUGAGAAGAUUUUUUUCUUUAAUCACACCGUGGUGCUUUCGCCAGCGCAACCAUGCAAUGAAAACAUACCAAAGGAAUUUUUGUUGUCCACUUCUACAGUUUAAACCAAAGGUCUUUGUUUAUCCUCUCCCCUGCCCGCCCUUUAUCCCUCCAUCCCUCUUUCCCUUAACCUUGCUUGUCUCUCUGCUGUGUGUAGGAAGGUCCAGCACUCUGGCCGUGCAUGUCUUUACCAAUGUGUCUGAAUACCUCAUAGUAAUAAUUCCUUUGAGUUCUGCAUUGAGACGUCUAUCUGUGAGUUAGGCAGAACUCCACUUGUGUGGUAAUUGUUAUUGUUACUUCAAAAAGCUGUAUGAUUAUCUAUUUUGAAGUUGCUGUUUUUUGUUCUGUUUUGUUUUUUGGCAGAAGUGCUCUGUUUCAAGACAUGGAGGACAAGUUUCAGGGUUGAUGUAGGAAACUUUUGGGAUGGAGGGAGAAGCGUAUUUUUUAUCAGACACUGGGUUAUGCCAAUAUUAUGAUGGUAGACUAUUGCUUUUACAGGGUAAAACCAACUGCUGUGAUAUUGUGUUCAUAUUUUCCCUUUUCUCUACUUCUGUGUUGUGAUUUUAAUUUAAUUGCAUUUUUGUAUUGGUUAACCACUACUUUAAUUUAUGCAUUUGUAGAAACUCUAGAUUUGUAUAUAGUAGGUUUUUGGAAAAAAGAAAAGAAACAAAAAAGACCAUUUAUGUUACAGCCUUAUUUCCCAUGCUUAGAUAUAACAAAGGAGUAGUUUUUAUUCUUCUUCAGCUAAAUCCUAGCCGGCAUUUCAAUGUGUGUUUUAAACACUGCCAGAAACCAAGACAGUUGAUUUGCCAAUGCAGACAAAGUUAUACAGGAGCUACUUUGUUGAACAGCUGGCAAAAAGCAGUGUGUACGUGUGUGUGUUUUUCUAUUCUUUUGACUUUUUAAAAACACUUAUUUUAUGGGUAUUACUGCACAUCCAAAGAUUUUUAAAACAAACCAAAAAUUGGAAAAAAAAAAAUAUGUAUAAUGUUGAAAAGCACUGGCAUUUGUGAGGUAGACUUGUUGAGUUUUGAUUUGCCAUUCGCACGGGUAUAGAAUGUAGAAGGCGUAGGGCUAUGUAGGCAAGCUUACUCUACCAUGUGGGGAAUCUCCUGUUCAAUGUACAAUCUGAAGCAUUUGAAACGAGGGCUGCAAGCCCUGCUCACUUUGCUGUCUCAUACACAGAGUGAGGUGGAGUUUAGGCUGGGCAGCCGGUCUGCCAGGGGCUGUGCCGCGGAGCUGGGUCUGUUUUUAUUGCCGUGGCACCGCCGCCUUGCUCCAUCUAGUAUCUGUUCUUUUGGUACGUACUCGUGUAAUGACUAUAAGCAAAGUCUAAUAAAACUGCAAAGAACCUUACCAAGGAAUCCGUGUGCGAGUGUGUAUGGGGACGAUUAUUCGGAUUGCUCUUCUGUUUUUCUGUCUGUGAAUGUGAGCGUGCACCUCAAAUGUCAAGUACUGCUGAAGUAUGCAAGUUUGUAUGUGAGCUCAUUUGCAUGCAUCUCGUUGAUUCUGUCGUUGCCCAUUGUCUAAUGUGUUUGUACUGCAUAUUGUCAAGCUUUUUGCUGAUGUGUAUGCAUGUGUGUGGCUGACUGGUACAUUUUAAAACAGUAGGUCUCUGGGUAUCAGAGGCCCCACUGUUAGUACUGUUUCCUCUCUGUCAUGUUCAGACAGCACAGAGUCUCCACGGACUAAGGGGUCAUCACCAAAAUGUCCAUGACAGAUUACAUCAGGAUGUUAUGCAUUCAUUGUGUCUUGAAUGAAUAAGUACAGGUGCUUUAAUUUUACAUAAAAAGCCCUGUAUAUUGAACAAAAGGAUAAUGCAGCGUGGACCUAUGUUUUCCUGUUUCCUAAUUCAUCUCUUAUUAUUUGUUUUGCCCAUAAGGAGUUCCCAUAUGAUGGGUAGCUUGGCUACAAGUCUCAUAAUAAUACUGCAGCACCUAAGACAAUCAUCUGGAUCUCUUACGCUGGGGAACUAGUUUCCCACCCGCAGAGGGGUGUCCUCCAGCUAUUCAUAUACAAAGAUGCUUGAAGGGUUUUGAUAAACAAGCAUAUUUGUUGUCAUAGACAUUUAGGAAUAAAUUACAGUAGAAGUUCAUUUUGCACUUGCAUUUCAAAAUGAAAUCUCCUUGCUCUUGUCAGCUUUGUGCUCUUGUCAGACUCAAUCUCUUUCUUUUGACCUCCUUAUCAACUCA